CUCGAGUAUCUAUAUCAGCCGAACUAUUUUGCAAUAAUGGAAGAAACGAGUACAGACAAUGGCAAGCAAGCUUUAUCAAUUUCGAUCGCCAAGAGAUUUACCUGAGAUUGGCAGGGUGCAACCACCCGGUCGUGGCUAUGUACCACGUCCAUUAUCUACACAUGCGAGAUAAAAGUCUAUGAUAAAAGUCAAAGGCGGACCUGCGAGUCGUGUGUUACAGGAACCAUUGUCGCGUUUUCUGCUCUCUCGACUCGAAGAAACCCCCGCUGCCAGGGAAAUUGCCAAUUAUCCGUUUUUGGGUCAUUGACAUCCACACUGUCCCAAUGAGCGUAGUUCCAGCAGCCAACCUCGCCAUCCAGGGUGGCGAUCCUCGUGACUUAGAGGUUGUAGGCCACAUCGCCCACGAUGCCACCCAGCUGGAGCGCAUCAAGGCCGGACGCGUCGUCCAAUUCGAGGAAUAUCUGUACUACGCCGCCCUGACGCGCGAGAAGGAGCGUGAGGAAAACGCAAAGUUUCUCCAGAAUCGACCCCCUCUCAGCUUCAAGCGCCUACUCACAGAUCGCUUCUCAUCAUUGAAGAAUGAAAAGAAGAUCGCCACCACUAACGAGCCCGGCGCUACCCCAACCACCGGGGAAAAGGCAGGGGACAAUGAGAAAACACGUCCAGCUGCCAACGGACUUGCCAGAUACGGCGUCACCGACGCGGAGCAAUAUAACGCAAGCCGCGCCUUCCGCACCGCAAGCUGGGGCACUAUCUUCUACCUGAUCACCACGGACAUCCUCGGCCCAACCGCGAUCCCCUGGGCCUUUGCGCAGAUGGGCUACGGCCCCGGUGUGGCACUCUUCACCACCUUUGCCGUUUUUGCGUGGUACUCAGGCUGGAUUCUGUGGAAGGCGUUCCUGGCGCUCGAUUCGGACCGCUACCCGCUGCGCAGCUAUGGCGACUAUUUCUACCGCCUGUUUGGGCCGGGGGCGCGCCAUUUUAUAAAUAUUGGCCAGGCACUGCAGCAACUGUUGACUGUUUCCGCGCUAAUCUUGACGAAUGGGCAGGGGCUUUCGCAGAUUAGUGUUGGGUCGGGGUAUCUUGACGGAAAUGGGGUCUGCUUUAUUGUUUGCUUGCUUAUUUUCACCCUGGGGGGUUUCAUACUGGGACAGAUCAGGACCUUGCAGCGGUUUGGGUGGUUGGCUAAUGUUAGUGUUUGGAUCAACGUUACGGUCCUCUUCAUCUGUAUGGGCGUGGACGCCAACAAUCCUCCCAACUACAAAGCCGUCGAAGCUUCCUUCGGCCUGGUCAACGACAUGCCUAUCACCACCUAUGCCGGCACGCCUCCCAUCACGAGCGGCGGUAUCGGUUUCAUGGCCACUAUCAACGGUCUCAACCAAGCUGUGUAUGCGUACGGCGGCGCCUUGUUGUUCGCCUCGUUCAUGGCCGAGAUGCGGCAUCCCCUCGACUUCUGGAAGGGUCUGCUUAUCGCCCAGGUCUUCAUCUACUGCGUUUAUAUAUUCUUCGGCAUUUUUAUUUACUCUUUCCAGGGGCAGUAUACUUACAAUCCCGUCCACCAAGGCAUGGUCCUAUUCAGGUACCAAACCGCUGGCAACAUCAUGUUCCUCAUCACAGGCUGGAUCGCUGCAGCGCUAUACGGCAAUAUCGGCCUGAAAGUCGUCUACAUCGAGGUCUUCCAGGAGCUCCUCGGCUUCCCACCCCUAACGGAUAAAAGGGGUAAGAUCUGGUGGGCUGUCAUGACGCCCAUCUACUGGGCCAUCGCCUUCAUCAUCUGCGCCGCCGUCCCCGCCUUCACUGCCGUCUCGGGCUUCAUCGGCGCGCUGUUCAUCCUCUCAUUUACGUAUACCUUCCCCGCUGCCGUGGCCCUGGGUUUCUGGGUGCGUAGUGAUGCUAUGAUUGAGGACGAGGAAAGCUUCGAUCCGGUGACGGGGACGUGUAGCUAUAAGGAUACCGGGGUAAGGAGAUUGGUGAGAGGGUUUAUGAAGAAGCCCUUAUUUCAUAUUUUCAACUUUUUGUACAUGCUGGGCGCGCUUGCCACGACGGGCUUGGGGGUCUAUAGUUCGGUGGAGAGUUUGAUGACUGCGUAUGAUAGUGGGAUUACCACUAGCUUCUCUUGCAAGUCACCAACGGGCUAGCAGGACGGUUGGAACACAAAUAUUGUUGGUGAGGGGAAAGCUACAGUAACACUUGACAGAUUUGACACAACCAGGGUUACCACCACUCGGGGAUCCUGUGCCGAACGAGCUUCAGGUUCUGGUUUUGGUAAUUGUUUUCGAUUGGAGACAGGGAAUGCGCAGCUAGCUUUUUGCAUCUUGACUGUUUUCGUCGGCGUAAGGUUAUCCGUCAUCAAG